AUGGUUGCUGGGUCUGCCAACAAUGGUGAUAUGAAAACGGCAAAGAAAUUGUAUGGAAGAAUGGUGGAGAAAAAUUCAGUGGCAUGGGUGGCUAUGAUAGCGAUGUAUGGGAAGUGUGGAAAUGUUUUGGAGGCCAGGAUGGUUUGCGACGAGAUACAGAGGGCAGAUGCAUCAUGUUGGGCAGCAAUGGUGACUUGUUAUGCUCAGAAUGGCUAUGCAAUGGAAGCCAUUAAGAAAAUGAGGGAAGAAAAGUGA